UUUCUACAAAGGGCAUGGGAUAAUGGAAACCGUUAAUACUCCUCUGUUUUAUCGCCACUACAUCAACUCCUGCUCCCAAGCUCUUCUGUAUCAUCUCAAUUCGUUUCCUUCUUUCUCUAUCCAAAUGCCUUGAUUUCAGCUUUUCAAUCAGGAAGACAUGGGUGCCAUUUUAUUGCCUGAUGCAGCAUUAGGAUUUCUUCCACGCCAUUCUGUUGUUUCCUCCGGCAAGCAUCACAGCCAUGUCUCAAACUCAUGUCUCAAGUCACAUCCUAUAAUCUAUAGAAAUACUGGUAGUAGGAAAAGGAAACUUUUGUACACAAAUAAUUGGCUGUAUAAAUCAAGAUCAGUUGUUUUCUCAAGCAGGGCAGAUCAUAGUGAAACAUUCUCAGAUGCUGAUGGUGAGGAUAGUUAUCUAUUAGAGGGGAGUGAAGCAUUGGAGAUUGAUGAAGAUGAACUAGUGGCAGCUAGGAAAGCUCUUACUGAGGCCUGUGCCAGACAAGAAGCUAUUGAGAAAGAGAGAGAUCGAUUACUGGAAGAGUUGGUCCAAUCUGAGGCUAAACAGAAAGAAUAUGUGGCUACCUUGAUGCAUGACAAGGAACUGGCCAUUGCCGAACUUCAGGCAGUGAAAUCCCUUUUCCAUCAGAAGCUGCAGGAGACCGUAGAAGAGAAGUCCACCUUGGAGUCUAAGUUGGUUCUUGCCAAGCAAGAUGCUGUUGAACUUGCUGUACAAGUAGAAAAGUUAGCAGAGAUUGCCAUUCAUCAGGCCACUGCUCACAUUCUGGAAGAUGCGCAACUCAGGGUUUCAGCAGCUGAGACUUCUGCUGCUCAAGCUGUUUAUCAGAUUGAAGAUCAAAUAAGGAAUACUGCUGAACGUACCAUAUUGGCCGUAGUGGAACAAUCUAAAAUUGCUAUAGAUAAAGCUUUGGUUGUAGCAGAAAGAGCUGGUGACUACGCAACAAAAUCUGUUGCAGCAUUUACUGAUGCUACAAGUCCAGCUGAUGAGAUUGCUGCAAUUCAAUCACAGAAUAUUGAAUUACAAAAUGCCACAAAUAACUUAGAGUCUCAAUUAUUGCUUACAAGAAGUGAGAUUGAUAAGUUGAAAUUGGAGCUGGAACAAGCCCAUGCAAAAGCAAAUGCAUCUGAACUCCAAGCUAAUGCUGCAGCGAAAGCAUUGCUUGAAUUUCAGGAGUCAAUGAAGGUGCAAAAUCUUCAGCAGCAGGAAGAAAUGAAAAGAUUGCUGGAGAAAGUGAAGAAAGAUGCUGCAGAAAAAAAGAAGGCUGCUUCCAAGGCUUUUAAGCUUGAGCUGGAGAGCAUUAAGGCUGCCAUUGAAGCUGCUAAAGAAACAGCACAUUCAAAAGAUGAGGCCUACUCCAGAAGAUGUGAAGCGCUACACAGAUCAUUAAGGGCAUCUGAAGCUGCUUUGGCGAUGUGGAGACAGAGAGCAGAAAUGGCAGAGUCUCUUCUAUUGAAGGAAAAACCAUUUUCUGAAGGGGAUGAAGAUGCCAUUUUUGUGGUUAAUGGUGGAAGGAUUGAUCUUUUGACUGAUGAUGAUUCACAGAAAUUGAAACUACUGAGUGAUGGUCCUCGUAGAGAAUUACCUGAAUGGAUGGCAAGGAGGAUCCGGACCAUAUGUCCCAAGUUUCCUCCCAGAAAGGUUGAUGCAUCUGAAGCCUUGAAGUCCAAGUUUAUAUCUUUAGACUUGCCCAAACCAGAUGAAGUCUGGUCCAUUGCUACAGAAAAACCAAAGGAAGGGGAUACACUUAUUGAGCAUGUAAUUGAAAAGGAAAUAAUAGAGAAGAAAAGGAAGGCUUUAGAACGUGCUCUUCACCGAAAGACUAUGCAAAGGCAGCAGACUCCAGAGGACACACAAUUAGAACCAGGAACUGGAACAGGUCGUGAGAUUGUGUUUCAAGGUUUCAAUUGGGAAAGCUGGAGGAGGCAGUGGUACCUGGAGUUAGCACCUAAAGCUGCUGACUUAUCCCAAUGUGGGAUAACAGCAGUGUGGUUACCACCACCAACUGAAUCUGUUGCUCCCCAAGGUUAUAUGCCAUCUGAUCUGUACAACUUGAACUCAGCUUAUGGUACUAUGGAAGAGCUCAAGCAUUGUAUUGAUGAGAUGCAUUCUCAAGAUCUUCUUGCCUUGGGAGAUGUUGUAUUAAAUCACCGAUGUGCGCAUAAACAGAGUCCAAAUGGUGUCUGGAACAUUUUUGGUGGCAAACUUGCAUGGGGACCUGAAGCAAUUGUUUGUGAUGAUCCGAAUUUCCACGGACGUGGAAAUCCUUCAAGUGGUGAUAUAUUCCAUGCAGCACCAAAUAUUGAUCAUUCACAGGAUUUUGUACGGAGAGAUAUAAAGGAGUGGUUAAACUGGCUCCGAAAUGAUAUUGGUUUUGAUGGGUGGCGCCUUGACUUUGUGAGAGGCUUCUCAGGUACAUAUGUGAAAGAAUAUAUAGAAGUUUCAAAUCCUGCAUUUGCUAUUGGAGAAUAUUGGGAUAGUUUGGCUUAUGAAGGCGGUGAUUUGUGUUACAACCAAGAUGCUCAUCGACAAAGGAUAAUUAACUGGAUCAAUGCCACCGAUGGUACUUCAUCAGCUUUUGAUGUCACAACAAAGGUAAGGAAAGAGGAGGUUUUUACUAAUUGGAGGGGUCAAGGGAGUUACAAGUUGAAUCUAAUCGUGUUUUUCAAGUGGCAAGAGAGACGUCUGAUAGAGAAAAGAUUCUUUUAUGGCAUUGCCGAUUAGGUCACCUAUCUUUUGCUUAUUUGGAACAUUUAUUUCCUCAAUUAUUUUGAAAUAUUUCAUUUUGUAGUUUAAGGUGUGAACAAUGCAUUUAUGCAAAAAAUAUCGAAUGUCUUUCAAAGUAAGUCUCAAUAAAAGUCUGAUUCCUUUUACCCAUGUUUUUACUGAUGUUUGGGGUCCUUUUUCUAGUCCUUCUAUCAUAAAUACUUUGUGUCUUUUAUUGAUGAUUCUACUAAGGUGAGUGGGUUUACUUGCUUAAGUCUAAUAAUAAUGUUCUAUAUGCUAUUCCUCAAUUUUCCAAAAUGAUUGUCACACAAUUUAAUCCUCAGGUUAAAGUUUUUCACUCUGAUAAUGGUCGUGAGUUUGUAAAUCAAUCCCUUACGGAUUUAUUCAAAGAAAAUGGAAUCCUCCACUAGACAAUGUGUACAUACACGCCACAACAGAAUGACAAAGAAGAACAUAAAAACUGCCACAUUCUAAAGGUGGCUCGAGCUUUAUACUUUACUAUGCAUGUUCCAAAAUAUAUUUGGGUUGAGAUUGUCAUGACUAUUGUCUUUCUCAUCAACCGAAUGCUAGUUCAUGCCAUUAAUUAUCAAAUUUCUUUGCGAAUGUUAUCACGAUUUCACUCUAUUCCUUCUGCUUUGAAUCUUUGUCCUAAAGUUUUUGGUUGUAUUUGUUGUGUUCAAAUGCACUCCCAUAAAAGGGAUAAGCUUGAUCCUCGUUCUCUUAAAUGUGUCUUUCUUAGUUACUCUAAUUUCCAAAAGGGUUAUAAAUGCUUUCAUCGUCCUACAAGCAAAUACCAUGUCAUAGAUGUUCAAUUCUAUGAAGAUGAGUCUUAUAUUUCUGGGAAUGUGUCUCUGGUUCCUCUUAAAGGAUUUAUUAGUAGUAAAGAAGAGGAAAGGUUAUGGUUAGAAAAGAAAAGGUUAUGGAUUUCAGGUCAGGGGGAGGAUUCAAUUGAUUUGGGAAAGGGAUAGUCUUUUAAUACUGUCAACCCUAUAGCAAAUAAGUUUGCAUUUGAGGAAAGAAGGGAUGAAAGACCAACCAGAUUAUUUCAACAAGUUUAUAUAAGAAAGAACAAAGAUGCUACUGUCAUACCCCCUCUAAGCUCCAAUACUCCUCUUGAUGAUACUACAAUACCAUUGGAUGACUAUUUUGAGACUAAUCAUGAGGUACAUGUUCCUUCACCUUUAACUUCCGAAACUGCUACCUUGAAUCCACACAAUAAUGAACAAGGUAGGCGAUAUUCUCUUCGUGAUCAUAAAGAACUUGAUAGGUUGGGUUUCUCAAAAUCAUCCUCUAAUGUUGUCUAUCCCAUUUCUGAUUUUGUCUCUUAUCAUUGCCUAUCUAAGACUCACUUUGCUUUUACUCUUCAGUUAUCCUUUAUGCCUAUUCCCAGUCAUUUUUAAGAAGCCCUUGAAGAUCCUAAGUGGAAGUCUGUUAUGGUAGAAGAAAUGAAGGCUCUUCAGAAGAACUUUACUUGGGAGAUGGUCGAGCUCCCUUAGAAAAAGAAAACAGUGGGAUGUAAGUGGGUGUUUUUAGUAAAGUGUAAGUCAGAUGGGACAACUUACAAGUACAAACUAGUUUCCAAGGGAUACACUCAGACUUAUGGAAUUGACUAUCAAGAGACCUUUGCUCUUGUGGCCAAAAUGAACACUAUUAGAGCCAUACUCUCUCUUGCGGUCAAUCCAGACUGGCCAUUGAGACAAUUUGAUGUCAAAAUGCUUUUCUUCAUUGUGAUCUAUUAGAAGGGGUGUACAUGGACCCCUUUUGGGGUUUUCACCAAAAGGGGGUAAGGUAUGCAAACUAAAAAAGGCUUUGUAUGGAUUGAAGUAAUCGCCAAGGACAUGGUUUGACAGGUUGAGCUACUCAAUGAAGGAGUAUGGUUUUAAACAAGUGAUGACAAAUCACACUCUGGUCUAUAAGAGAGAUGGUGAUGACAUUACUUUGCUUAUUGUUUACGUUGAUGACAUGAUUGUUAUAGAUAGUAACUCUACAAAAAUAAAGAAGCUUUGGAGCUAUUUGGCCAAGGAAUUUGAAAUGAAGGGCUUGGGUGCUUUAAAAUACUUCUUAGGUAUUGAGGUGUUUUGGUCCAAGCAAGGACUCUUCCUCUCACAACGGAAGUAUACAUUAGAUCUCUUGGUCGAAACUGGUAACUCUGUUUGUGAACUUGUAGAUACUUCCAUUGAGAUAAAUCAUGGCUUGUCCAUCUACCUUGUUCAGAUUCCAACGAAUAAAGAAAGAUAUUAGAGACUAGUGAGAAAAUUAAUCCAUCUAAUUCACACUAGGCAUGACUUGUCAUAUGCAAUUAGUGUUGUAAGUCAAUUCAUGCAUAAUCCAAGUGAUUGAUACAUGAAUGUAGUAAAUUGUAUCCUGACCUAUCUGAAGUCCUCUCCAAGCAAAGGUCUUAUGUUCUCCAGACACAAACAUCUAUAUAUUGAGGGUUACACAGACUCUGACUUUGCUGGAUCCAGAUUGGAUAGAAAGUCUACUUAAGGGUAUGUAUCAUUUGUGGGAGGAAAUUUGGUGACUUGGAGGAGUAAGAAACAAAAUGUGGUCUCAUUGUCUAGUGCAAAAGAUGAAUACCGUGCACUCCAUCAUGCAACUACGAAACUUACUUAGCUACGAAUUUUCUUCAGUGAGCUUAGGUUUUUCCCAAGAAGCCUAUGGUGCUCUUUUGUGAUAACACAAUAGCUACUUAGAUUGCAAAUAAUCGGUACAACACGAUCAAACUAAGCAUAUUGAACUUGACAAGAACUACAUCAAGGAUAACCUAGAUUUUGUCAUAAUAAAGGUCCCUUGCAUAAAGAUUGCAGAUCAGUUGACGGAUAUUAUGACUCAUGAUGUUAUUAGUGGUCCAUUCUAUGCAUCAUUAUCCAAGUUGGGCAUGUGCGAUGUCCAUGCACCAACUUGAGGGGGAGAGUCAAUUAUGGGUUUAGUUGUGUACAAUUGUACAUGGUUCAGCUAUGUAUAAUUGUAGGUACAAUUGUAUAUAGCUGUGAGUACAAUCAGUUGUGUAGUGGUCAAUUAGUUGUGAUUUAUUUUGUAUAGUUGUUGAGUAUUUUAUAUAGUCGCUAUCCUAAAA